GAUAUAUUAUAUAUAUAUAUAUUGCUAAGGAGGGUAAUUUGAGUGGUGAAAGUGGUAAAAACCGACUUAAGUAAUGACCGAGGGUGCCCAGCCCUUCUAACUAUAGCACAGCACAACCUGAUCCCAAAGCACAGCUCUCUACAAGGUGUAAAUGUCAAAUCACAUCCCAGUUCUAACCUACCAGCUUGGGAUGGGGGCGGGGAGGGCGGGGCGUACAGUUUCUUUUCUCCACCUCACAGUCUUCCCUCCCGCCCUUCCUGUUUGUGAUUUAAUGUUUGCUAACGACUUCCUCACCUAGGACAACACGUUGCUUUUCUACUGACACUAGAUCAAAAGUAUUCAAGGAAUUAUUUAAUUCGUUAAUUUGGAAAUCUUUGUUUACAUUCUGUCUAGAUCUGCUUUUGCUUAUGGCCCAAGGCCACCCUUGCCCUCACUCCCACUCCCCCCCCUCCACCUUUAGGAUAGAUUUGUGAAAAAGUCCUCUCUCUUCCUUCACUACAGAUUCCACUCUUGCUUUUUCUUCUGUUUUUUUUUUUUUUUUUUUUUCAGGGAUGUCCACUGAGAGGAAGCACCUCUUGAUUUAGCUAUAUUGGAUCUGGAACAGAAGUAACUAUUGAUCCAGUGAGUGUUGGAUUGGACCAUGGUGGUUUUUUCCCUCAUAACUUGGACCAACUAGCCAAGUGUGUUGUCCUGUAAUCCAGUGAGGGCUUGAACUCUGGGUCUGGGCACUCUUCAGCUUAAGAAGCGUGUUUUGAAGUUAUGGCUGAUGAGCAGAAUCCCCAAAUGCCAACUGAUGGUUCAGAACAACUCUUCUCCUUUGGAGUUAUAGCAGAUAUCCAGUAUGCGGAUUUAGAAGAUGGAUACAAUUUCCAUAGAAGCAGGCGGAGGUAUUAUAGACAUAGUCUUCUUCACUUACAGGGUGCCAUUGAAGACUGGAAUAAAGAAAGCAAGACACUCUGCUGUGUCCUCCAGCUUGGAGAUAUCAUCGAUGGCUAUAAUGCAAAGUAUAAAGCAUCAGAAAAGUCUCUGGAACUUGUCAUGAACACGUUCAAAGUGCUCAAAGUCCCAGUUCAUCACACAUGGGGGAACCAUGAAUUCUAUAACUUCAGUAGAGACUACUUAACAAACUCUAAACUUAACACAAAGUUCCUAGAAGACCAGAUUGUACAUCAUCCUGAGACCAUCCCUUCAGAGGAUUAUUACGCUUAUCAUUUUGUACCAUUCCCCAAAUUCCGGUUCAUUUUACUCGAUGCUUAUGACUUGAGUGUCUUGGGCAUCGAUCCAUCCUCUCCAAAAUACCAGCAGGGUAUGAAGAUACUGAGGGAGCACAAUCCCAAUGAGGAGUUGAAUAGUCCUCAAGGACUUUCUGAGCCCCAGUUUGUCCAGUAUAAUGGAGGAUUCAGCCAAGAACAGCUCUGCUGGUUGAAUGAAGUUCUUACAUUCUCUGACACAAACCAAGAAAAGGUGGUGAUUGUGAGCCAUCUCCCCAUUUACCCAGAGGCUUCCGACAGUGUGUGCCUAGCCUGGAACUAUACAGAUGCUCUGGCGAUCAUUUGGGCUCACAAGUGUGUGGUGUGUUUCUUUGCUGGCCACACGCAUGAUGGUGGCUACUCAGAGGAUCCUUUUGGUGUGCACCACGUUAACCUGGAAGGAGUUAUUGAAACAGCUCCAGACAGCCAGGCAUUUGGCACAGUUCACGUCUAUCCUGACAAAAUGAUGCUAAAAGGAAGAGGCAGAAUUCCAGACAGAAUUAUGAAUUACAAGAAGGAAAAAGCUUCCCAUUCAUAGUCUGAUCUAUCUUGUUUGACUUUGUGAAAACAAUGACUUUAAUACGUGUUUAUCCCUACCACACCAAAAGGAAAAUGGAAAUAAAAAUUCUCAAUCCCA